UUACUGAUAAAGCUGCAGCUUGCCACGUAUGUGCCCUAAAAUAAAACCAGCCUUUUGACUUUGAAUUCAUUCCUAUACUUGAAAAUUUCACGAAUAAAAUGAGGAUAAGAUUCUCUCAGCGUCAAAUCUAUAGGCUAUAUAUACUGGUAUCGGUUGUUAUUGGUGUUCUCUUCAUCUUCCUUUUUCACCUAAGAAGGCAACCUGACAAAGCCGUUUAUCAUGGACCGGUAGAUACCGCAAUGUCUCCACCACGACAAGUGGGCGAAAAGGGCAAGAUGGUGGAACCACCUAAAGCACCUCGUCCGGCACACAAGUUCGUUGUCGACCAUAAGAAGCUUGGCAAGGCUGCGAUGCAUGAGUACAAUGAUGGAUACGAGAACACGGGCUUCAACAAGUACGCCAGUGAUAGGAUACCCCUGGACAGAGAUAUACCUGACACAAGGAGUCUAAAGUGCGCGUCCACUCCUUUCUACGACGAGAGUGCAAUCCUUUUUUAUCCGUCUUUAGGGGUAGCCAUCCCAUUACGGAACGAACCCCGAAGCACGCUGCUGAGGACUGUCCACAGUAUCCUGAACAGAACCAGGCCAAGCCUCCUCAAGGAAAUCGUCUUGUUAGACGAUUUUUCCGAUUCCGAAGAAACUGUCUCGGCGCUGAAGGAAGCAGAGAAAAUGAGUCCAAAGAUCACGGUCCUUCGAAACGGGGCAAGACUUGGCCUCCAUCUUUCAAGACUACAGGCAAUUUUAAAAGUCACUGCAGACGUCGUAUUUACCACUGAUGCCCAUGUGGAAGUCGGAUACGGCUGGGCGGAGCCUCUCCUUUUCUUCUUGCAAAAGACUAGGCAACCUCAAGCAGUCUAUAGUCCCACGCUAGAUAUCAUCGACAAAGACACGUUUGAGUAUUUUGGUACACAACCCGUCAAGCCUACCUACGUCAUCGGAAUUGACUUCUUUCUCGACACACUGCCCCUAUGGAACACCCCAGAACAGCAGAGGCAUUUUGAUAGAUCCUACGCACCCAUCCAGGAACCAGCAGUUGGUACGCAUUUUGCCAUGAGAACUGAGUUCUACGGGAAGAUAGGCGGUAUAAGUAUGAACCGGAUGGCUGGGGCGGAUGUGGAGAUUUCAUUUAAGGCAUGGCUGUGCGGCGACGGGAUCUUCCGCAACCCAUGCUCGCGUGUAGGUCACAUCGACCGCGAUCCGGUCCUCAGCCAGGAUGCUGACAGCAUGAUCUCGCCAGAGGAAGUUAUCCAGGAAAAAUCGAGCCUAGCAAAGUACUGGAUGGAGGACUAUGCUCAUUUUGUCUGCUCAAGAUUUAAACCACACCUCUGCAGAGAUGUUCCCGUCCAUAGCGAUAUGACACUCUCAGACCGUAAAAGCUGUCAGGCAUUCAAGAGCUACUUAACCAAUGCUGCUUUCAUGAUUUUCAUUCCAUUUCCAAACGACCUUCAAGCGCAGGGUCAGAUUGUCAAUAAUGCCCAAGGGGGAGAAAUGUGUCUGACUCAGGUUCUUUGGCGACUUACCGGAAGACCAACUCUCCAGACUUGUUUACCAUCAAUAACAGCGAGAAAUCAGUAUUUCAUGCUGACAAAGAAAGGUGAACUACGUCAAGACAACGGUUGUAUCGAAUACACCUUAGAUGCAUUGAGGAAGAUGAAAUGCAACAAUGCGCGGACAUGGAACUAUCAGGAUUCGAUGCUCAAACACCUAGCGAGUGACCUCUGUCUCACCCGAGGUGAUAACAGCGUCGUUACAGUAGCAGCGUGUAAAAAAGGAGAAAAGAAACAGAUAUGGACAUUUAGAUCACCAACGGAGUGAUUCAUAUUAAAAUCUUAUGAAUUGACAAUUUCUGUCUCUUCCUUAUGGUCAUGGCCUGUUUGUGGCUGCAGUCGCCCGAGACGUGAGACGUCCUGUACAAUUGCUCAGAAGAAUACAGGCAGAGAUUCACUCUUUGCGAAAAAUAGACUUUUUUGAGCUCACAUCCUGAGAUACAGGUUUUUGAUACUCCUACAUCGUAUACAAAAUAUCGAGAGGCGGAGAAUAAAACCACUGGUUAUGUCAGGAUAUUGAUCUCAAUGUUAAUCGAUUGCAAACAGAAUCAUGCAGACAAUAUCUAAACUACCCAACAAAAAUACAGUUGAGAUCAAAUGAACAUGUAUGAUAUCAAUAAAUCUAACUGUUCAUCGAUGUACGUUCGCAAUGAAAAUCAAUGCGUGGCCAUUGAAAUUUCAUAUGUACCUGCAAGACAACUGAUUCGAUGAUUAUCAUUAUGGUUGUCAUGCCAAUUAUGACUUGGUGCAUUGCGCGCAGGGGAGAAGUUGUUGUCGUUGUAUACGAGUCGUGCUGUGGUCUGUCCGGGGGUCUGUCAAGCAAACCCGCAACACAUUCAGCGAGUUCGGACACGCCUUGAGAUCACCCCGAGCGUUGGAAAAUGUCACUUUAUGCUGGUGCAAAAUUAUUUUGAGAUACGGCUCAGGUUGAUGAAGGAGGUGCGUGCGUGUUGCCGGCCGGACUUUGGUCGGUCCAUCGAGGAUAGUCCUAUUUGCUGAACUGUCUCCAGAUAUAUGUAUUUAUUGGAUGGGAGACGUGUUUUCAAGGUGUACCUGAACGAAACCUGCCCAGAGCAACGAUUCAAGAAUCAAAGUUGCGAAUCGCUGGAACAGCUGUAAAACACGACGCGAAUACGGCCGGCGACAGUCGUGAA